GGCGCGCUGCGGCUGGAUCUGGGGGCCGGGCCGGGAGUCGGGAGCCAUGACUGACCGCUGCAGCCUCUGGAGCGCCCUGUCGGCGGCCGCCUGCUGCUUCUACCGGGGCUCCUUCAUGCAAGUGCAGUUCUCGAAGGAGAAGUACAUCCUUGAUUCUUCACCCGAGAAGCUGCACAAGGAGCUGGAAGAGGAACUGAAACUGAGCAGCACAGACCUCCGCAGCCACGCCUGGUAUCAUGGGCGCAUCCCCCGGGAGGUAUCGGAGAGUCUGGUGCAGAGAAACGGGGACUUCUUGAUCCGCGACUCGCUCACCAGCCUGGGGGACUACGUGCUCACGUGCCGCUGGCGGAACGAGCCCCUCCACUUCAAGAUCAACAAGGUGAUGGUGAAGUCCAGCGAGGGCCGCACCCACAUCCAGUACCUGUUUGAGCAGGAGAGCUUCGACAACGUGCCCGCCCUGGUGCGCUUCUACGUGGGCAACCGCAAGCCGGUCUCGGAGCAGAGCGGCGCCAUCUUCUACUGCCCCAUCAACCGAACUUUCCCGCUACGCUACCUGGAGGCCAGCUAUGGACUUGCCAAUGGGAAACACAGCGGCUCGAACGGCCACUCCGGCCAGAAAGGGGGGCACAUCAAGCGAAGGAGCAUCACUAUGACGGACGGAUUGACAGCUGACAAGAUCACAAGAGGUGACGGGUGCCCGACAAGCGUCUCCUUGCCACAUCACCGAGACAUCAUCCGCAACUGUGCGGUCAGCGUGGACCAGAUCCAGGAUCUCCACUCCCCAAUGUCUCCUAUCUCUGAGACCCCCGCAACUCCAGCCUACAGCACCGUUACACGGCUAAAACCCCAAGCGGGACCGGCCAGCAGCAGCCUCACCCCAGGGUCCCCCGUCAUAAGGAGAUCCAGCGAGCCGCAGCUGUGCCAAGGGACCAACGGCAAGGCCGAGCAGACCGACAGCAGCCACUCCACCCCUUCCCACGGAUACUCCCGGGCCUCUCCUUCUCCUUCCGUGAACAGCUACAGCGAUCCGGACACGGGACACUAUUGCCAGCUCCAUCCCCCUUCCCCGAUCGGCUGGGAAAGACCCCCUCCGGAUGGGAAGCAGGCGCCGGCCAAGAGCUACGUGGACCGGCUAAAGGGAGACGAGGUCCAGAAGGCGGGGCUCACGCUCAACGGCUCUGAGGUGGAGACCGGGCCCAGGAAGAAGCCACAUCAGGACACUCUGGGCUUCACGGCCCCGGUGGUGGAGAGGACCUCUUCUUUCAACCCAGCCGUGUUCCGCUCCCUCCUCAUCCCUCUGGAAAACAAGCCCUUGGAAAUGGCUGUGCUGAAGAAAGUCAAAGAGCUCCUGGCCGAGGUGGAUGCCAAGACGCUGGCCAGGCACAUCACCAAAGUGGACUGCGUGGUUGCUAGGAUACUGGGCGUUACCAAGGAGAUGCAGAGGCUCAUGGGAGUGAGCUCAGGGAUGGAGCUGCUAACCCUGCCCCACGGACAUCAACUGCGCCUCGACUUGCUGGAAAGGUUCCACACCAUGUCGAUCAUGAUCGCUGUGGAUCUCCUGGGCUGCACGGGCAGCAUGGAGGAAAGGGCGUCCCUCCUCCACAAGACCAUCCAGCUGGCUGCAGAGCUGAAGGGCACCAUGGGCAACAUGUUCAGCUUUGCUGCCGUGAUGAAUGCGCUCGAGAUGACGCAGAUUUCCCGGCUGGAACAGACCUGGAUGGGUCUACGCCAGCGCCACACGGAAGGCGCCAUCCUCUACGAGAAGAAACUGAAGCCUUUCCUAAAGAGCCUGAAUGAAGGCAAAGAAGGACCCCCCCUGUCCAACACAACCUUCCCACACAUCGUGCCCCUCAUCACGCUCUUGGAGCGGGACACGGCCCUCCCCGACAACCCAGAGCCCUGGGAGAACCUGGACGACGGCGUGGAGGUGGUCAUGGCCCACCCUGAGGCAGCACGGAUGGUGGCUCACCACGGGGGACUGUACCACACAAACGCAGAGGUGAAGCUGCAAGGUAAGGAAGCCCACGCGGAGCUGCUCGAGGUCUUCAGCACGGAGUUCCAGCUGCGUCUGCUGUGGGGCAGCCGAGGCGCCGAGAGCAGCCAAAGCGAGCGCUACGAGAAGUUCCACAAGGUCCUCACCGCGCUGUCCCACAAACUCGAGCCGACGGUGCGCUCCAGCGAAUUGUAGCCCGGCAGCCCA